AUGGAGGCGAACGUUACCGAAGAUGUACUCAGCUACAAAACAGUACAAAGAAUAGUUUGUACAGCUUCUCUGCACGGAGAAUAUUUUUUCUACCCACUAACAGCUGUGAACAUUGUUCUCGCCAUCACCGCAUUUCUGGAAAAUGCUGUGAUCCUCGUGGCGCUUCAAAGGAAGAAUUCCCUUCAUCCGCCAUCAAAACUCAUGUUCCAAUGCCUGGCAGUCACCGAUCUCUGUGUUGGUGUUAUUGCACAACCUCUAUUUAUCAUUCAGUUCGCGUCUGCCACACAUUGUCAUUUUCAACUUUGUUUCACCGUUUUGAGCAUCAAUGACGUGGUUGGCUCGUGUUUAAGUGGAGUGUCUUUGCUGACAUUAGCUGCAAUAAGCGUCGACAGACUUCUCGCUCUUUCUUUGGGAAUGGAAUACAAGAAAACGAUAACUUUGAAGCGAAUGCGCUUGGUGCUGAUAUUUAUAUGGAUUUUUAACAUUUCUGUUAACAGUUUAAGGCGUUUUUGGAGGUACUUUUUAAUCUCAAGAGUGACUUCUGCGGUCAUUUAUUCUUCUCUAGUUAUCUCAGCUUUCUGCUACUUUAGGAUCUAUUUCAAGCUCCGCCAUCAUAAAAAAAUUAUGCAAGAAAAUGACCAGCAAGGACGACAACUGAACGAAGAAUAUUUGAAUCGCCCUCUGAACAUAGAGCGAUACAGAAAGACCGUGUCCACUGCAUUGUGUGUACAAUUAACAAUGGUAGCAUGUUACCUUCCUUAUGGUAUAGUCGUAGCUAUGGUACGGCAUUCUCCAUCGCUCAAUAUUGCCGUUCGCCUUGCAAUAUCCUUUGUGUUCUUAAACUCAUCCCUGAACCCAAUUCUCUACUGUUGGAAGAUCCGUGGAGUGAAGCUGGCAGUAAAGGACAUUAUAAGACAGUUGUGUAAAUCAUGCCUAACUGGGAAAUCUGGGGAGGAUUUAUCUGGCUAG